AUGAAGAAGGCCGGCGGACCAGCCGCCGGAGGCAAGAACGGCGCGGGCGGCGCCGGGGGCAGCACCGCGGGCGCCGGAGGCGGCGGGGGCGGCAGCGGAGACAAGGAUGACGCCGAGAAGCGGGACUCGCCCAAAGGGGACCGGCUGUCGACGUCCGGCGACACGGGCUCGUCGGGCAGCGGCGGCAAGCCGGGCUCUGCGACGGCGGGCAUGCGGGAGGCGUCGCUGAAGCUGCUGGCGCUGACGGCGAGGGCAGAGUGGCCGCCGGUGGACCAGGCCGUCAAGGCGCUCGAGAAGCUGGUGGCCGCCGCGGGCGACGACGCCUACCCGCUGCCGCUCGCCGGCCUCAUGGACCCGCACUGCGUGAACCACGACCUCAAGGAUUUACAUGAGGAGGCUCCCAUACAUAAAAGUUAA